AUGGCCCGUCGAGGACUUUUUCCACCAGUCAGCCAAAGUCCACCAGGGCAAAGUAAACACAUCCACUCCUCCUUCGAUCCAGUCGACAUCCGCGUCAGCGGCGGCCGCGCCACCAGCGAGGCCUUCUGCCUGAUUACCAGUGCCAUCAUGCUGCAUGGCGUCGAGUACGAGCUAGCUUCGUCCAUCCGUCUGGCGACCCGCCUCGAGAAGUGUGCAGGCUCGGACACGGGUCCUGAUGCUAGCGCUGCCGCUCGCCACGGCCAGUGGCGCAUGCUAAGUCUCGAAGCCAUCUACGUCCGCGACCGGCUCGUCAGCGCCUUCCCGGAUCUCGGCGAUGCUGGGCCAGCGCCUCUGACCUUAGCUGAUCUCCAAGGGGUGGAAGCCUACCCGCAAAGCUAUUGGCUUUUAGCGUUAGUCAUGCUGAACGGGGGCUAA